AUGGCGUUGACGUUUGGAAUUCAACCCAAGUAUCGUCUUUUCCAGAAGAUUGGAAAGGGAUCAUUUGGCGACAUCCACCUUGGAGAAGACAUGGAAACGGGCAAUCAGGUCGCCAUCAAGCUUGAGAGUACCGCAGCGCGGCACCCGACUCUUGCUCACGAAGCCCAAGUGUACAUGUGUGUCAGCGGGAUGGUCGGUUUCCCCACUUUCAAAUAUUUCGGCAUCCAGCAUGGCUAUAAUGCCCUCGUUGUGGACUUACUCGGUCCAAGCCUCGAGGACGUGUUCAACUACUGCAAUCGCAGGUUCACCUUGAAGACUGUUCUGCUCAUCGCCGAACAGCUCCUUUGUCGCUUGGAGCAAAUCCAUUUGCGCGGCUUCGUCCAUCGAGACCUCAAGCCGGAGAAUUUUUUAGUCGGCGUCGGGGAGCUUGCCAAUCAAUUGUACAUGAUCGAUUUCGGACUUGCGAAGAGGUACCGGGAUGUGUUGACGCACGCACAUGUGGGCUACGCCGAGAACUUAAAUAUGACCGGUACGGCGCGAUACGCGUCGAUCAGAAACCACCAAGGCAUCCGACAAUCUCGUCGGGAUGACUUGGCCUCUCUGGCCUACAUGUUGAUCUACUUCCUUCGAGGCGGCUUGCCAUGGGAAAGAGCCGAGCCGGCCAAGCCGAAGGCGCUCAAACACCACAGCAUCCUUCAGGCCAAGCUCUCGAUCUCUUCCGAGGAGCUUUGCCGGGGCCUCCCAGCGGAGUUCAAGUACUUGGUCGACUAUGCCGGCGCCUUAGAAUUUGAUGAGAAACCCGACUACGAACACCUUCGUGCGGUCUUCCGUGCCCGGUUCCUCGACGAACAAUUUAGAUACGAUCGUAGGUUUGAUUGGAUCACCCGAUUGCGCCAUGAGGGCCAAUACUCGAUCCCGUCAGUCGAGGAAAUUAAGAAGAAAAUCCGCCAGGCUCGCAUGUCUUCCGCGAAGCCUGCCCUUCCUCCCAUCCAACCCCCCCAACCCAUGUACAACAAGAUCGUCAACCUCAAUGACGCCCCGAUCGAGGGAAGAAUGUGAGCUCGGCGAAUCGCUCUCGUAUCCAUCUCAUGUAUUUUUUUU